CGAAGAACUUCCUGUUUAGUGUCGUGCACGAGGUUGCAACGUGUUGAUUUUUCGUGUCAUUGUCAAUCGUCCUUAUAGUCUGUUCAACAUGCGAACGUUCCUCAAAAAAUUAAAGGGGAAAUUCUCGACGAAGGGAGCUACAUCGUCGCCGGUUCCAGGUGCUUCCUCUGCUGAACCCGCACCACGGCCUUCCUCUGUUGAGUCAAUAGUGACACCCGCACCUGCACCCGCAGUGGUAGCCGAACCUGAAGUGGCAGCGGCACCCUCAAGUAAUGCGGGUUUCAGUACCGUUUGGAACGGUGUUCUGGACGUGCUGCGUAUUGCUCAAGCAAGUCUAGAUAGUGUCCCUGUUCCUGGGCUCAAGAGCGCGAUUGGAGGCUUCCUUGAAAUAGUUCACCAGUUGGACACAGUCGGCGCAAAUGUAGAUGCGAUUCAUCAGCUUGAGGACACUGUCAAAUUCUUUAACCAGUCAGUAUCGAAGCCACUUGAAAAAUACGGAGGGAAACCCUCUGUUCCUUCCGAGCUAAGCGAAGCCAUUGACGCUUUAUCGGGUGAAUUCGUAACGGCUAUUUCGCCUUUGAAAUCGUACGGGGACAAGAGCCUUGGCUACCGAUGGGCGAAUCUUCAACCAACCGCAGCCGAGGUGGGGAAGGCUGGGGGAAGGAUACGCGAUGCUUUAGAGGCCUUUAAUGUUGCACAAGGGGUCCGACAUUACUUACAGAAUGAGCAACUUCGCGAGGGGAUCGAGGAGAUUAAGGCGUACAAACGCAACGAAGCCUCGGCUGAAGAAGCGAAGCAGUUAGAGUCUCUUCUCAACAGGCUUCCACAUACUUCCAAAGCUGGCUAUGACACCAAUCGGCCUGGUGCUCCGUCUAACUGUUUUCCCGGAACGCGAACGAAAAUCAUUAAGGAGGUUAAUCAAUGGUUGCACCACUCUAUCAGUGAUACAACAAAGCCAGUGUUGUGGUUGAAUGGUCUAGCUGGGAUCGAGGACGAGUUGUCCAACGCGAAGCGCUUCCUUGGGACGAUCGUGCGGGACUUUGCCAAGAAACUUCCGAAAUUCGGUGCCGCUGUCGCAGAGGCAUUGAAGAAGGAUGACAAGCUUUAUGAUGCCUCCCUUGCCACCCAAUAUUCCUCGCUCCUCUUUACCCCCCUGAAAGACCUCAAACUCUCCGAACCCCUCUUCGUGAUAAUUGAUGCCCUAGAUGAGUGUGAAUGAGAUGGAGCAAAAGAGUUGCUCCACCACAUCCUUGGCUGCUCUGGCUGCCCUUUCAUCACUGGCUGCUCUGGCACCCCUGGCUGCUCUGGCACUGGUCUCCGCAUCCUCAUCACAAGCCGACCAGAAUCCCAUAUCACU